GUGAGUUUGGCGCGGUCUCUGGGCUGUGGUGGCGUCUAUUCGGUUUAGAAUCUUGCACCCUUUUAAACAUUCGAAAGCGGUGGCCUCGAGCGCGAGCUGAACGGUUGCCGCCGCCGAGCCCCACCCACCAUUGUCCACACAUCAUGCCCCCCAAGUCGCUGAGGAGAACGGCCGCUGGUGGCUCCGAGGAGAGCAUCUCUCCGGCCAGACCUGAUCACAAAGACACAGACUUUGUCUUACUGUGCCAAAGCCUUAAAGUGGGAGAAAAUGUGAAUGAGAGGGCUUGGAAGAUUUGGGAGUCAGUAUCGGUACUUUUAAAUGAUAGUAUUGUAUUGGCGGCCACACGAAAGUAUUGGGGUGUCUGCAUCUUCAUUGCAGCCGUAGACUUGAAUGCAGUUUCCUUCACUGUGACAGAUUUGCAGAAAACAUUAGAUCUGAAUGUGACUGAGUUUUUGCAGUUGCUGAAGAAAAUGGAUGUGAACUUGGACACUGUUAGCACUAAAGUAAAUUCACUGGUGUUGAAACUGGAGAAGAAGUGCCUUGUUUUCACUGCGCUCUUUGAAAAAUUUAAGAGGAUAUGUGAAAAGAUAUUUGUGGAGACACCAAAUAUCCAGGCAUCAUCAGAAACUAAUAAACCAGUGGUGAAAAUCUGCUGGAUCACGUUUCUACUGGCAACAGGAAAGCUGCUACAGAUGGAAGAUGACCUUGUGCUCUCUUUCCAGUUGUUACUUUGUAUCUUGGCAUACUUUAUCAAGAUCUCACCCCCUGCAAUGAUCAAGGAGCCUUACAGAGCUGCUGCAAGCAGUGUAAUUUCCACUGGCCUGCCACGAUCUUCUAGACGAAGUCAGAUCAGAAUUACACAAACAGCCAACUCAGCUGAAGUAGACCCCAGAAUUAUGGAAAUCCUUUGUGAGGAAAAUGAGUGCAGUGUGGAAGAGGUAAAGAACAUCUAUUUGAAGAGCUUUCUUCCUUUCCUGGAUAACCUUAAAAUACCCUUUUCUAGUGGGUUUCCUGAGAUGGAGCCACUUGCAAGACAAUAUGAAGAGCUUUACCGUAAGAACAAAGAUUUUGAUGGAAGAUUGUUCCUUGAGCAAGAUAAAACUCUGCAAAUAGAUCCAGAUCAAAGGUGUGAACUUGAGAGCACGCCAAAGAAAUGUCAGACUGAAGAUAGUCACACAGUUAUUCCUCCCCAGACUCCUGUCAGGACCGCAAUGAACACCAUCCAGCAGUUACAGAUGAUUUUAAAUACAGCUGAUGACACACCUUCAAAUCUACUUAAAGCAUACUUUGACAAUUGUACAGUGAACCCUACUAAUGGCAUUAUCAAUAGAGUGGAGAAUCUAGGCCAUAAGUUUCGGGAAAGUUUUGCUCAGGCUGUUGGAGAAGGAUGGGCAGAGAUAGGCUCUCAGCGAUAUAAGCUUGGUGUACGUUUGUAUUAUAGGGUUAUGGAAUCUAUGUUGAAGUCGGAAGAAGAACGUCUCUCUGUCCAAAAUUUUAGCAAGUUGUUGAACGAUGCCACUUUUCAUGGAUCUCUACUUGCUUGUGCUGUGGAAGUUGUCAUGACCACAUAUGGAACUACUUGGAACAUAACGUUGGCGGGUGAUAUUCAAGCAGAGACUGACCUCUCCUUCCCCUGGAUCCUACGUGUGUUUGAUAUAAAGGCUUAUGAGUUUUAUAAGGUUAUUGAGAGUUUUAUUAAAGCAGAACCAAAUCUAACCAGAGAGAUGAUCAAGCACCUGGAAAGGUGUGAACAUAGAAUCAUGGAGUGUAUUGCCUGGCAGACUGACUCACCUUUGUUUGACAUACUCAGACAGCAAAAAGAACAGGAAGAUCAGCCAGAUCAGCCUGAACCCACUAGUACUCUCGAACAACCUUUGCAGCAUAAUCACACUGCUGCAGACCUUUAUUUGCAUCCGGACAGAUCCCCGCAGAGAAGAGGGUCCUCUACAGUGCAUGAAGUUCCCACACAGCAAGCAAAGAUUGAGACACCAUCUGCUGGCCAGUCUCAGUUUCAGCCUCAGCAAAAACCUCAGAGAUUUACCUCACUUUCUCUCUUCUACAAAAAAUUGUAUCGAUUGGCAUAUCUUCGAUUGAUUAUGCUCUGCAACCAUCUUUGUCUGCCAUCUGACCAUCCUCCACUUGAAGCCAUCAUAUGGACUCUGUUUCAACAUACCUUAGGAAAUGAAUAUGAACUUAUGCGAGACAGACAUUUAGACCAGAUAAUGAUGUGCUCCAUGUAUGCCAUUUGCAAGGUGAAGAACAUAGACCUUAGGUUCAAGAUGAUUGUUACCGCCUACAAGGACUUGCCAAACACAAGUCAAGAGACCUUUAAACAUGUGCUGAUCAGAGAAGGGCAGUAUGAUUCCAUUAUAGGCUUCUACAACUUGGUGUUCAUGCAGAGGCUGAAAACCAAUAUCCUGCAGUAUGCUUCAACACGUCCACCAACGCUCUCACCAAUUCCUCAAGUUCCUCGAAGUACAUUUGGUUUUCCAAGUUCUCCAUUGCGUGUGCCCGGUGGAAAUAACAUUUAUGUAUCUCCACUGAAAAGUCCGUACAAAACUGACGGACUGCUCUCCCCGACAAAACUGACUCCAAGAACACGAAUAUUAGUGUCUAUUGGAGAGCCAUUUGGGUCACCAGAAAAAUUCCAAAAGAUCAACCAGUUGGUGAGUUCCAGUGAUCGUCACCUUAAGAGGGCUGGAGAUGCAGGGAGUCUGCCAAAACCCCUCAAGAGGCUUCGCUUUGAUAUGGAUGGUCAAGAUGAGACGGAUGGCAGCAAGCACUUGUCUGGGGAGUCUAAACUACUGCAGCAAAAGAUUGCUGAAAUGACAUCCACAAGGAAUAAAAUGCAAGAACAGAAGCUGAAAGAUGGGGAUGGUGGUAUGAAAAAGGAGGAAAGCUGAGCUCCUCAUCUAUCUCAGUAAUGUGUCUCCAGUGCAUAAUCGCCAGUAGCAGAAUCAUCUUCAUGUUGAUUUACAUUCAUUCUUUUUCCCAGAUUACUUUUUAUACGGAGCUUAUUUCCUUUUACAAUCUGCAGUUAAUUAGUCAUUUUAGAAAAUUGUUUUGCUAAACACUAUGCCUUUAAAGGUCAUAUUUUCCUCCAACUGUGAACCUUCACAAAAUGUUUGAUUAAAUAACAGAGUAGGCCUGAUCAAAGAAAGUACCUUGCUUUCCUUCUAAUUUUUACCACUAAGUAUUUACAAAAAUGACCAGUGGAAAAGUCUGAAUUCAUAAGCUUCAACCAAAGGCCAUUCAACACAUCAGAUCUGCACCAAGUACAUUAGCUGACCCUCAACAACUAUCCUCAAUCUUCAGCUCCACUCACCUAUGCUUCCUUUCUCUGGCAUUUCUGAUGUGAUUUGCAUUAGUAUACUUAUUUCAGUUUAGCAUUACUUGCUUCAUCCUCAGUAUUUAACACAGGAACUUUUAGCAUUACAACUCCCACUUUUAAAUUCGAUACUUUGACACGUCCAUCAUUUGUUUCUUAAGGAUAAGAUGUGAUACUCUGCUCAAAUUGCAAAUCUCCUGCUGGGUCCUUGUACCAGAGUCUGUGCACAGCUACACUUUUGUAUCUAAGUGUAAAUUGAGCCUGCUCAGUUCUAAAUAUUUCUUUAAAAUGUUCAUCAGGAUCGUGUAUCAUAAUCAGCAAUGUGGAAUUUCAUCAAAGUUGAUAAGUUUUGUGUAAUCUACAGUUAGAUGCACAGAAUGUUUGUCAGUAAGUUCUAGUAUCAAUUCCACAUUAAAUGCAAUAAUCUCCAUCUCAUCUUGAUUGGUCUGUUUUUUCAAAAAAAAUGAAGGCAAUUAACAGUUUAAGGAGGAAAAUAUGGCCCAAAAUAUGUAGCAUUUGCACAAAAUACGUGCAAUUUCAAUUUUAUUGAUGUUUUAUUUAUGUCUGAGAUUUUUUACUUUUACAAACUAGAAAUAAGUUUGUCUUUAGUUGAAUUGUCUUCAAGCAAAUGUGCCUGCCAAUUUUGUUUCUAAGAUUGUUGGAAACUUACUUACGAAAUUUGCAUCAAGUCACAUGAAAUCUGGCAUUUACAACAAUUUUCACAACCUUGGGAGUCUUACAUCCAGUGUACUUAUAUAAUUUAAUGCAGGAAAUAGGCCAGAAAAUUUGCACAUAGCAAAGUCCCUCCAACAGCAAUUAAAUAAAUGACUGAAGAUGAUCAAUGUUAAAAGUUGAUUGAGGGAUCAAAAUGGGCUAGCUCACAAGGAGGACUUUCUGAUUAUCUUCUAUGAAUAGGACCAUAGGAUCUUUUCCCCUCACCUGACAGGACAGACAGAAUCUCUGGCUAUGCAGUGCUUACUCAAUGAAGUCCCAGCCUAGUUUAUAUUGCUCAAGUCUGGAGUGGACCUUGAACUGACAGCAUUCUGGCCCAAAAGGUUAGAACAGUGCUACUAAGAGUCAAAGCUGAUAUCUUUCAAGUGUAAACGAUUUGGCAAACUGCACUAUAUAUUUUGAUUUGUGCAUUGAAACAGAACCAAAAUGUUGUUUUUCAGAGGUAUAACCAGAUGAACUAUUUAAGUUUGCAGGGGUCAUUAGCACGUUACCAGCAUUAAUGAACGAUGGAAUGAAUCCUAAGCCAUUUUGCUGAAUUUUGGCUUCUAUACCUCAGACAUACGCAACUGAAAUGCAGAUUACUAAAUCAAAAUCUCGCUGAAUAUCUCAAACAUUUUGAUGAACAAAUUACAAAGUACAAUCUGUGUUGUAUUUAUAGCAAAUGUUUAAAUUGCCCUAUGGACAGCAGUAUGAAUAACACUGAUAUUUAGUUGGGAUAACUGUAUUAAUGUUGGAUUGUUUCAGGUUUGAGAUAGUUGCCUGAGAGAACUUGGAAACUGUUCCUGUCUAUAAAAUGCUCAACAACAUUCAUGCAUGGACAUCAGUAUUCAUUGAAUUUAAAUAGUUAAAUCAAUAUACAGAUUAAAUACCUCUCCAUCUUUGAGUAAAAAAGAUACAGGUCUGUACUUGUUAUUUGUUUAGCAAACAAUCUAUUUGACUGCACAUUAAGGUACUGUUUUUAUAUUUUAUAUACAGUCAAUAAAAAUCUGCAAUAUGCCUGUGGUUUUUGUUGUA